CGGGCGCUGGUUCUGCUUCCCUCACUGGCAGGUGUCACCAUACCCUGUUCCUUCUCAGCCGCCGUUCACUUGGCGGCCGCGCCACCCCCGCCCGCGAAUCGACGCUUCGGACUAGCAAGGAGCCCGAGGGCGGGAGGACUCCUUACCUUUUGGGUCCGCCUCAGCGCCAUCCUGCCCCCGCUGCUGGGGACAGGGGCUACCGGGCCUGCUUGGCCACUGGCCGGCUUGGCCGCCGCGCUGUGCUGCAAGCUGGGAACGGCCGCCUGCGCGUGCGCGCCGCGGGGCACUAUGGGGCGGUGUUCUGCCUGUGGCGCGUCUCGGCGCGUGUCGGCGCGUCCUGGCGCCGGCGAGCGAAGCAGGCUCUGGCGACCCGGAGCGGCCGCGCCGCCGGUUGCCUCUCCCCUGGUCUCUGCCGCCCCGCGACCCUACCUCCCGGGUCAGUGAGGGUCUAGGGAGGCUGGCGGAGAGAGGGGCGGUCGUUGCUUUAACAGCGACCCGCCGAGCACCCAGGAGGUACCGCAGCCAUGCCCUCUGACCCACGCCCCCGCCGUGUUCCAUCCCAGGCUGUCACAUACUCCUGAAAGUAGUGGUUCUGCUUUGAACUUAAUUCUGAGGCUUCUGGGAAGAUGGUGGAGCCAGAAACACCAGGAAUCUGUCUACCCAACUAGGCAAAAAUUGCACCAGCAGAAUCAUCUGAUGUAACUGUUUUGGACCUCUGGAGUCUGUUGAACACAGACACUCAAAUUUGGGAGAAGUGGCCCCAGAAAUAAAAGCAUCUGAGAGACGAACAGCUGUGGCCAUUGCAGAUUUGGAAUGGAGAGAAAUGGAAGGAGAUGAUGAUGGUCCCAAUGAGGCUCAGGACAGUGACUUUCCAACAGUGGAGAGGAGCAGACUACAAGAAAUGCUGUCCCUCCUGGGACUAGAGACGUACCAGGCACAGAAACUCAGCCUCCAGGACUCCCUGCAGAUCAGUAGUGAUAGCAUGAAGAACUGGGCUCCACAGGCUCCCAAAGACUUGCCCUGGAAUUUCCUCAGGAAGCUGCAGGCCCUCAACGCCGAAGCCAGGAACACCACCAUGGUGCUGGACGUACCCCCGGACACCAGGCCUGCGGAGAAGGAGAGCCAGGUGGAAGAGGAGAUCAUCUACUGGGACACGGCCGACGACAUCUCUGCGGACAUCUAUUCCUUCUCCGAGCUGCCAACACCCGAUACGCCUGUGAACCCCUUGGACCUUCUCUGUGCCCUUCUGCUUUCCUCAGAUAGUUUCCUGCAACAAGAAAUCGUGCUAAAAAUGUCCCUCUGCCAGUUUGCACUCCCUCUCGUUUUGCCCGACCCAGAAAACCACUACCACACGUUUCUGCUGUGGGCCAUGAGGGGGACUGUGCGGACAUGGGGGUCACAGCCCCCAAGGGCGGUGGGCAGCUUCAGAGAAGACAGCGUGGUCCUGUCCCGAGCGCCCGCCUUCGCCUUUGUGCGCAUGGAGGUCAGCAGCAACUCCAAGUCCCAGCUUCUCAACGCCGUGCUCAGCCCUGGCCACAGGCAGCGGGACUGUUUCUGGCAUCGGGAUCUGAACUUGGGCACCAACCCUCGGGAGAUUGCAGACGGGCUGGUGGAAAUUUCCUGGUUUCUUCCCAGUGGCAGGGAGGACUUGGACAUUUUCCAGGAGCCCGUGGCCUUUCUGAACCUGAGAGGUGACAUCGGCUCUCACUGGCUGCAGUUUAAGCUCUUGACAGAAAUCUCCUCGGCCGUGUUCAUCUUGACUGACAACAUCAGUAAGAAGGAAUACAAACUGCUGUACUCCAUGAAGGGGUCGGCCACGAAAUACUACUUCAUCCUGAGCCCCUACCGCGGGAAACGGAACACAAACCUGCGGUUUCUGAACAGGUUAAUCCCUGUGCUGAAGAUGGACCCCUCGCACGUCCUGGUGAAGGUCAGCAGCACGGACAGUGCGGGCUUCGUGCGCCGGAUCCGCGCCAUCGUGGCGCACGUGACCCGGGCCCCCUGCAGGAGGGUAUCCGUGGAGGACAUGGCGCAUGCGGCCCGCAAGCUGGGGCUGAAGGUCGAUGAGGACUGCGACGAGUGCCAGCGGGCGAAGGACCGGAUGGAGCAGAUCACCAGGAAGAUCAAGGACUCGGACGCCUACCGCCGGGCCGAGCUGCGGCUGCAGGGGGACCCUUGGAGAAAGGCGGCCCAGGUGGAGAGGGAGCUCUGCCAGGCCCAGUGGGCUGGGGACCCUCCUGAGAGGUGCAGGGCUGAGCUGAGGCAUCGGCUGCUGGAACUUCGAAUGCAGCAGAAUGGCCACGAUCCUGCCUGGGGGCUUCAGGAGUUCAUCUCGGGCAUCAGCAGCCCCUCUCUGGGCGAGAAGCAGUACUUCCUGAGGUGGAUGGAGUGGGGACUGGCCCGGGCGGCCCAGCAAAGGCCGAGAGCGUCUCCGGAGACGAUGCUUACCCUGAGAGCAAAGCACCGUGGGGCCGUGGACUUCAGCGAGCCCCUCUGGCCGGAGCCCCUGGGGGUGGAACACUUCCUGCGGGAGAUGGGGCAGUUCUACGAGGCCGAAAGCUGUCUCGUGGAGGCCGGGAAGCUGCCGGCGGGGCAGAGGCGGUUCGCGCACUUCCCAGGCUUGGCCUUGGAACUGCUGCUGAAGGGGCUCCCCCUGGAGCUGAUCGACGGGAACACCCUGAGCACCCCCCUGCGCUGGGUCACGGGGCUCCUGAAGGAGCUGCACGUCCGCCUGGAGAGGAGGUCGCGCCUGGUCGUCCUAUCGGUGCUCGGCGUGCCGGGCACAGGCAAGUCCACCCUCCUCAACACCAUGUUUGGGCUGCGGUUUGCCACGGGAAGGGGCCGUGGUCCUCGAGGGGCCUUCAUGCAGCUCCUGACGGUGGCCGAGAGCUUCAGCCAGGACCUGGGCUGUGACCACAUCCUGGUAAUCCACUCCGGGGGCUUGAUAGGCGGAGUCCUGACCGAGGCAGGGGAGAGGUUUGAGCAAGAGGCUUCCCUGGCCACGUUGAUUAUGGGGCUGAGCAAUGUCACUGUGGUCAGUUUAGCUGAAACGAGGGACAUUCCGCCGGCUAUUCUGCAUGCGUUUCUGAGGCUGGAGAAAACAGGGCACAUGCCCAACUAUCAGUUUGUGUACCAGAGCCUGCAGGAUGCGUCUGCCCCCGGCUCCAAGCCGAGAGAGAGGAAGCAGCUCCUGGACGAGCCCAGGGAUGCGAGCAGAGCCACGGUGCAAAUGGAGCAUCAGGGUGGCGGGAUCCGGACGCUGGCUGGCCUGGCCUUUUGUGACCCUGAGAAGCAGCACAUUUGGCACAUCCCCGGCCUGUGGCAUGGAGUGCCCCCCAUGGCCGCUGUGAGCUUGGGGUACAGUGAGGCCAUUUUUGAACUGAAGAGAUGCCUGCUGGAAAACAUCCGGAAUGGCCUGUCCAACCAAAACAAGAACAUUCAGCAGCUCAUCGAGCUGGUACGACGGCUGUGAAGCAUCGAAAGAAAAGGAGUCCAGCUGCCAGAGGCCCGCCGCGAGCAGCCUGUUCUGAUGGGGGUGUCCACGUGGGGCUGUGCCCAGCUCCUGAGAGGGGAGCCAAGUGACGGACGGGGCCCAGGUCUGGAGUGGCCUACGCAGUGUCAGGGAAGGAUGUGACCUCACAGAUCAGCUCAGAGAUGCUCUCGGGAGUAUAAGAAGCCUGGGGCAGGAGGGGUAGACACAAGCAGUAACUUGUCCUUUGUCUCUGAACUUCGAGGCCCCUGGUGGCUUGGCCUUUCGUACAGCUGCUCCCCGUUCUCUGCCUCUGGAGUGGAGAGUGGCUCCUGAGCGCUGCAGCCCGGGCAGCUGGUACCGGGGACAGGGUUGGGGCGCUGCCCUGAGGAGGCAGAGGUCGGCCUUCCCUCCAGCGAGCCUCAGCAUCGGCCUCGGUGACCUGGUCCUGCCCGCUGAGGAAAGGGCCCGCCGUGGGCAGGGGCUACUGUGCUACUCAGUGUUGACCGACCCUGCCUCGGGGGGGGUUCCUGUUGGCUCUCGUGCGCCCACAGCGCUCCGUUCACACCUCUGUCGCAACACUCAGCACGCGCAGCGUGACUUACCUGUGCACGUGUCUGCCUCUCCCCUAGACCUGUGAGCUCCUUGAGAGCAGGGGCUGUACACUACCCAACUUUGUACCCCCAGGGCCUGGCACACCGCAGGCACUUAAUAAAUGUGUGUUGAAUGAAUGAAA